UUAAACAAAAAUGGCGGCCUCCUCUGCUACCGUUGGAUCUAUUUUAAACAUCUUCUGUUUAUUUAUCUUGUUUACUGCGGUCACAACAAACGAAAACACGACGAACGACAACUUUAAUGCGACUUUGUUUGGUGACAAGAACAGUGACUAUACCACUGCGAAUUAUUACACAACAACAGAGCCUACGGUAUUUGAGUUUACAACCUCAACAACGAGUUCCAGUAGCACAGAGGAGCCAGCCGCACCCGCAGAGCCCCUGCCCGUCUCCGGGCGUUUGCUCAACCCUGUCACCAACGUUGACAGGUUAUGUCCCUGUGAUGAACACAAGGAUGUGUGUGACAUCAACUGUUGUUGUGACAAAGAGUGUCGUCAGGAGGUGGCUCUGUUCACCAGCUGUACAGUCUCUAUGGUCAGUGUCAGCAAGCAGCUAUGCAGCCAUGACGUAGCAUACUACUCUUUAAGGAGCACAAUAGAGGGCUACUCAGAGCUGCAGUUGUCUGUUCAAAAGGAGACUAAUUAUGACAUCUUCUGCAUUCAUUCGCAAAACCGUGUUGAUGGAUUGUCUUAUGUCUCGCCUGCGCUUCCAACUGAAAACAGCUUUGAGUCACUCUUUAAACAGUUCACCAACUUUAUUUUUGGUUCAGAGAACAGUGCUCAUGUGUCCCCUGCAGAGCUGCAGGACUCGCUUGGAUACCAGUAUGGGGAUACAGUGGUGAUGAGAGGAGAGAGUGGACAGAGAGUGUUCUUCUGCCUGCCAGCACCCGGUGUCACUGCCGACUGCGUGAACAGUCCUUCUGCCUUCUUAAAGGAUCAGAGCAAUCGAUGUUCUCAGCGUAUGGUCUUGGAUCAGGACUGCAGCUCUCUGUCAGCUCUCAGCAUAGACACCUACACUAACGUUCAACUGUUUGUUGGUAAGAACAAACAUGCCACAGUUGUUCCUGUGGAGGUAGCUUCAGUUAUCCUGCAAUCUACAGAUGGAUCUCAGACUGAGCUAGAGAUAAGUGGUGGAGAAAACCUCAGUCCUUUUCUCCUCAGCCCUGCCCUCUGUGCUAAUGUAGUGCUGAAGGUUUUCUUUACGAUUAGGUACAACCCAGUUGGUGAGAUAGUAAACGUGACAGUAUCUCUGCUGCUUGGAUUUGUCAGUGACACCAUGCUGCCACUGGAACAGGAGUUUCAGGUCAUGUAUGUCCAGGAGGAUGGUGGAGAGGCGACUGUUCACUACAGCGGAAAUCCAGGUUAUGUGGCUGGACUACCUCUUGUGUCUGGAACAAGAACAGCAGAAUAUCCUUUACCUGUAUGUCUUGAUGUCUCUUAUACAGGGUAUAAGUCUGUUGCUGAAGACCAAGACUGUCUUCAGGGUCCACACCAGCGCUCUCCAGUCCUGUUUGGUCUAGACUCGGUGUCUGGCUGCAUAUUAAGGCUAGAGGACACUGCCAACUGCUCCCUGGUCUCCCAGCUGCUUCUGGACAUUCUCAGAGGACCAAACUAUCCCCAGUUUGUGGCAUCCUUUGGAAACUCACGACUAGACAGUCCUCUGGACUGGGUGCAGAUCAAGAACAAUUUUUAUCCAUGGGAAGCACAGAGUUGCAACAUUCCAUUGUCACUCCAUUUAGAAAUUGAAUGGACCAGAUAUGGAUCCUUGGUGAACCCCCAAGCUCAGCUAUUUCUUCAGAGCUCCAACAGCCUCGGAAACCAAGUGUGCUUAUACGUGAUCCAAAUGUGGAAACACACUGGAAAAGGCCGUGGUGUCUGGAGAAAGCAACAUCCUGCCGAUCAGAACUUCUGUGGCCUUCAUACCAACAUCAGCUGCUGCUCUUCCUGGUUACAGAGCCACACCCACCAUCAUUGCCAAAUUACCAUUUGAUUUUUUCUUCCCUUUUGUCUGAUCCAACAACAUGUUCCACUCACCAGUGUACAGCAACACCAAACAUAGUUUAUAUGGCAUUUAUCACCACAAGCACAGUUUGGAUGAUCAAUCUGCCAUUGUCUCAUGUAUAGAACGAGUUUUGUAAGAAGUUUUAAUAAAUAAAAUCACCUAUUUAUUACAUA